GGAUUUUAGCUUGACAGAGAGAAUCAUGAGCUCCGACGAAGGAAGCGAGUACGAGUACGAGUACGAGAGCGACUAUGGCGGCUCCCAGCCGGACGAGGGCGAGGAAGAGAUGGUUGACGAGACGGCCGUCAAGAUCGAGAACACCUUCUACGAGGCAGACGACUGCAAGAACUCGGAUCCGACCCGCGCCCUCCAGCUCUUUCUCCAGGUCGUGUCACUCCAAAGCGAGUCGACGUCCAAGGAGAAGGACAACACCAAGUACCGCUUCAUGUCGCUCGAGAACAUCGUCAAGCUCUGCGCGCACCUCGGCAAGCCCGACGAGAUGGUCGGUCACUACGCCGAGAUGCUCCAGCUCCUCCCGAACGUCACGCGCAACGAGUGCACGGACUCGAUCAACAGCAUCCUCGACAUCGUCUCGUCGCUCUCGGCCACGAUCAUCUCCAAGAUGUACACGAUGACGCUCGACGCGCUCCGCGUCGCGAGCAACGACCGCCUCUGGUUCCAAACCAACAUCAAGCUCGGGAAGCUCUACCUCGAACUUGGCGACUACGCGCCGCUACAUCGCGUCUUGGAGGAGCUGCAUGCGUCGUGCAAGCUGCCCGACGGCUCGGACGACACGAGCAAGGCGACGUCGCUCCUCGAUGUCUACUGCUUGGAGAUUCAGCUCUGCACGGCCACGAACGACACGAAGAAGAUGAAGGUGUUGUACCCAAAGACGCUCGGCUUGGACGCGGCCAUCUCGGACCCUCGCAUCAUGGGCGUCAUCCGCGAAGAGGGCGGCAAGAUGUACAUGAGCGAAAGCUUGUGGAUGGAUGCGUACAACGAGUUCUUCGAGUCGUUCCGCAACUACCAGGAAGCAGGCAACGCUCGCGCCAAGCAGUGCCUCAAGUAUGUCGUCCUGGCCAACAUGCUGGCAAGCUCGGACAUCAACCCGUUCGACUCGCGCGAGGCCAAGGUCUUCAAGGACGUGGACGAGAUCAACGCGAUGUUGCUCCUUCGCGCUGCGUACGACAGCAACGACAUUCAGCAGUUUGAAAAGAUCCUCAAGAACCCCAAGAACCAAAUCAGCAGCGAUCCUCUCAUGAAGCGGUACUUGGACCCGCUCCUGCGCAACAUUCGUUCGCAAGUCAUCUUGAAGCUCGUGGGCCCGUACCAGUCGGUGCUUUUGGCAUCGAUUGCGAGCGACAUGAAUAUUCCGGUCGAAGACGUGGAGUUGCUCAUGGUCGAACUCAUCAACGACGGUCGCUUGCACCGCAAGAUCGACCAGCAGCGCGGCGUGCUCUUCAGCUUAGAGCACCAGCGGUCGCGCGAGACGAACGUCAAGACGGUCGAGGCCCUCGCCAAGUGGACUUCUGCGCUGCAGCAGCUCAACACGGGGCUCCAGAACCGCCCCACGAAUGUCAAGUCGAUGUGAGAUGGUUCAUCCUGAGCAGUACACGUAUUGGAUCUUCUUGCUACAAAUGUACUACGACACAGACGCA